AUGGCAAGCUUAUUGUGGAGAGUGGAUCAAUCAACAGGCAAUGCGCGGCUCAGUGGUGUCAUUUUGGAGAUAACGACGUACGAUUGUGGGUAUUUCUGCGUGUAA